UAAUGACCAAUAGCAAUGAUUGAGAGCAUACCGUCCAGCAACUGUAUCUGGGAGCCCAAUCAAUCUGACCUGCGUCAGAUUUUACAGCUUCUUCAAGAGUCUCAAUCGCCAAAUACCGAAACACAGAGAAAAGUGCAACAGAAACUCGAGGAGCUUAACCAUUUCGCAGAUUUCAAUAACUACCUGGUCUACGUCUUGACGCAAUUGACAGCCGAAGAUGAGCCUACAAGGUCUUUAUCAGGGUUGAUUCUGAAAAACAAUGUGAAGAACCACUUCGACUCAUUUCCACCAGAAGUGAAAAAGUUCAUAAAACAGGAGUGCCUCAAAUGUGUCGGCGACCGUUCCCCCCUCAUUCGUGCCACCAUCGGCAUCCUAAUUACAACCAUAUCCUCCAAAGGAAGCAUAGUUGGCUGGCCAGAACUAGUGCCGACGUUACUGUCCCUUCUCGAUUCGGAGAAUAUCGAAACUGUUGAGGGUUCAUUUGGAGCCCUGCAGAAGAUAUGCGAGGACUCGUAUGAGGCCUUUGAGACGGAGCCUGCCGCCCAGUACCUCGCAGUCAUGAUCCCCAAGUUCAUCCUCUUCCUCAAACACCCACAGGCCAAAGUAAGGUCGCACUCUCUGGCGUGUGUGAAUCAGUUCAUAUUUGGACGCUUCUCCACUCUGGGGGAGCACAUGGAGUUAUUCAUUGAAGCUCUGUUCGCACUCUCCUCUGACAGUGACCCCGAAGUUAGGAAGAAUGUGUGCAGGGCGCUGGUGAUGUUGCUGGAAGUAAGGCUGGAACAGCUGCUGCCGCACAUGAGCCAGAUCAUUGGAUACAUUCUGGAGCGAUCUCUUGACAAGGACGAGGCAGUGGCUCUAGAGGCCUGUGAGUUCUGGCUAACCUUCGCAGAACAGGACAUAUGCAGAGACAUUCUGAGGGAGUUCUUGCCAAAACUGAUCCCGGUGCUUGUGCAGUGCAUGCGCUACUCUGAGAUAGAUGUGAUCCUUCUCAAGGGAGAUUUGGAGGAAGAUCAGCAUAUACCCGACCUGGAAAAAGACAUCAAGCCCAGAUUCCACUUUUCCAAAAUGUCCAACACAUCCGGAAAAGUGACAGCAUGUGGUGAUGGUGCGAAUGGUUCGGAUGAUGAUGAAGACAUUGGGAGUCCCAUGCUCGGAGGGGGUCUGGGUGACCAGGACGACGAAGACACUCUCUCUAAUUGGAACCUCCGCAAGUGCUCAGCCGCAGGUCUGGACGUGUUGUCUAAUGUAUUCCAUGAAGAUAUUCUGGAGACCCUUUUGCCUAUUCUGACCUCUAAACUCCAGUCUGAAGAGUGGGAGGAGAUUGAAGUGGCCAUUCUCGCGCUGGGUGCUAUAGCUGAAGGGUGCAUGAAGGGCAUGAUCCCACACCUCCCAGAUCUCAUCCCAUUUCUAAUACAGGCGUUGAAUUCUAAGAAGGCGCUGGUGAGGAGUAUAACGUGUUGGACUCUGUCUCGCUACACUCAGUGGGUGAUGCAACAACCACACGACCACUGUCUCCAGCCCUUAAUGUCUGCUCUGCUGAGGAAGAUUCUAGAUGCGAACAAACGUGUGCAGAAGGCAGCAUGCAGUGCAUUUGCGACUCUGGAGGAGGAUGCAAGAACUGAACUGGUGCCCUAUUUGCCCUUCAUUUUGGACACUCUGGUGUACGCCUUCAAAAAGUACCAGGCCAACAACCUCCUCCUCCUCUACGACGCCAUCGGAACACUCGCAGACGCCGUGGGAACACAUCUAAACAAACCCGAGUUCAUUGAACUGUUGAUGCCGCCUCUGAUCGAGAAGUGGAACGCACUGCGUGACGAUGACAAGGGUCUCUUCCCACUCCUAGAGUGUCUUUCAUCAGUUGCCACAGCACUCCAGGCCGGGUUCAUUCCCUAUGCACAGCCAGUGUUCGCAAGAUGUAAAAAUUUGGUAGAAAGAAAUCUCCAACAGGAAUCGAUGCAUCGCAUGGACCCCUCGGGGGCGGAGGAGCCGGACAAGGACUUCAUGGUGGUUGCGAUUGACCUGAUGAGUAGUGUGGUAGAGGGACUGGGAGGCGUGAAUAUAGGGGGACUGCUGGAUUCAUCCCCCACGUCCACGACAGACAUGAUGCCACUGCUGCUCCAGUGCAUGCGAGAUGUACAACCAGAGGUGCGGCAGAGUUCUUUUGCCCUUCUGGGAGACCUGACCAAGGCCUGCUUCCACAUAGUUCAACCCCACAUGGAUGAAGUGAUGCCUGUUCUGAGUGAAAAUCUAGUGCCUGAGCUGAUCUCCGUCUGCAACAACGCCACCUGGGCCAUAGGAGAGAUCGCCAUGAAGAUGGGGAGUGGAAUGGAGCCAUAUGUGCACUUAUUUCUUCAGCAGCUGAUCGAAAUUGUUAACAGAUCAAAUAUUCCCAAGACGCUUAUGGAGAACACAGCGAUCACCCUGGGCAGAGUCGGCUAUGUGUGUCCAUCUGCAGUUUCGCCUCAAUUGCACCAAUUUAUCAGACCGUGGUGCACGAGUCUUCGGAAUAUUCGGGACAACGAGGAGAAGGAUUCUGCGUUUCGAGGAAUAUGUGCGAUGAUCAGUGUAAACCCGGCCGGCAUAUUGCAGGACUUCAUCUUCUUUUGCGAUGCCAUUGCCUCCUGGGCCACGCCUAAACAGGACCUCAAACAGAUGUUCUACAUGAUUCUGAUGGGAUUUAAAGAGCAAGUGGGUGACGCGAGCUGGUCCAAAUUUGUAUCUCAAUUUCCACAGCUGCUCAAGGAGAGAUUGGAAGCACAUUAUGGUAUCAUUUCAUCGGCUCAACAGCAACAAAAUAUUCUCAAUCAACAGCAACAGAUCAGACCUCCUGCUGAAGGCAUGAAUCAAUGAUACAGUUUUUCGUCCAUCGAAAGAUUGCUUGAAAAGUCUAAUUUAAUUAAGAAUUCAUUAAUUCUGAGUGAUGGCACUAAAGAAACGUGGUAGAAAUAAGUGCGCCGAUUGAUUCUCUGCUGCUUGUAGUUAACCGUUAAUUUCUGGAUUUUGACCUCAAAAUGUCACUUGGCCAGGUGAGGUUGCUUAAAUCAGGUUCAAGCGGGGAUCAUAAUAGAAGUUAUGGACGAAGAAGGCCAAUGUUACGACCUAUGUUACGCUUAAUUGACAUUCUUUAUCCUCAUUUAAAUCUCAAUGUCUUCAAAGUUAUCUCUGGAAUUAUUUCAGCGUCAAAACCUUUGCAAUCAAAAUUGUGUUCUAAAUAGCUCUGUUGUUAUUCUGCAUUUAGAUUUAUGCCUUUAAAGUCACUUCAUUAAGUUUCCCUUAAAGAUUCACAGAUUCACCUUGAAAUAUCAGUUUACUUUUUUCGAGGAAUGGAAGCCUGAAAUUGGAUGUUAAAAUAAACUUUAGCCUAUUUGGAAACUGUCGCUCGUGUGUCAAACGCCAGUAAUUUAUCGUGUUAAGUCGAAAAGUUCUUAAGGAUUAGAAUAAAGUAACCUAAAAAGCCUGUCAAAAACCUAGUUGUUGAUAUAUUGCUUCCAAACUAUUACAAGCUAUGCAUAAAAUGUAGUGCAAUGUCAUGCUGUUUUAAAAACUGAAAAAUUUCCUACACAAAUAUGCAACUUUGAUUAACAUGCAACAUAUGAAAAGCUACCUCUUAAUUACAAUGCAAUCUCAAUUUACCUUCUUGAAAUUACAAUGAAACGCUGUUUGAAAUGUUACUAUGCGAUGAUCCAUGUUCAUAUUUGCUUGGUGAUUGUAUUAGCGACCGGUGUUAAACGGAAAAGAAAUGAAUACCAGUACACAAAUCGAUCGUUUCCUGCCGAUUUGGUCGAGAGAUUGAAAGCAAAAAAACGCCGGUCGAAAAGUUUAGAGAGUGAAAAUUGGUUCGUUGCUUUGUACAAGCCUAUACGACAUGAACGCUGAAUUAUCUCAAUGUAUCAGUCGAUUUUCAUCAAAUGGGAAGAAAUCGCCUCUGAUAAUGAGAAAAUUAGCCGCCUGGGAAUGCGUGUGAGAAGUGAUCGAAUGAAGUGGCGAUAUGAAAAAGAAGGAUUUCACAUGAAGUUACACAUGAAAAACAUGAACGAAGUUCACACAGGUUCGACAUACAACAUGUAGAUGCCAUAUGUCAUGCAUUCAUGAAAUGUUUUCUCAACUCAAACUUCUCUUUUCAUUCUUUUGGUAGUUAUAUCAACAUGAAUUUGUGCUAUGUAUUAAUACAUAUACAUUGUGCUGAAUUUGCUGACAAUUUAAUUCAAUGCAAUGUUCUGA